AUUUCAGGGUACCCACCAGGGGAAGGGCAGAAGGAAGGCCUGGAGAGGUAGUUUUGGAGACAAGGCCAUGUUCAGUCUGAAAAUUCUUCUACUUCUGCUCUUACUCCAUGAGCAGCUUUCCAAAGGCUUUCCAGUACCUUCAGAAUCUCCAGAAGAGAAAAAUGCAAAAAUUGCUCAGGAUUACCUGGAAAAGUUCUACCAAUUACCAACGUACAGAUAUAAGUAUGAAAGGAGGAAAAGCGCUAGUGAGAUUGUUGAGAAGCUUAAAGAAAUGCAACGAUUCUUUGGACUGAACGAGACAGGGAAGCUAAAUAAUGAAACCCUGGAGAUGAUGAGAAAGCCUCGCUGUGGAGUGCCCGAUAGCGGCGAUUUUAUGUUAACCCCAGGAAACCCCAAGUGGAAACAAACCACCCUCACCUACAGGAUUAUUAAAUAUACCCAACAAUUGCCAAAGACUGAUGUGGAAAGAAUUAUUGCAAAAGCCCUUCAACUCUGGAGUCAAGCAUCACCCCUGAAAUUCAUCAGCACCUCAGAGGAAGAAGCAGAUAUCAAGAUUGCUUUUGUCCAAAGAGAUCAUGGUGACAAUUCUCCAUUUGAUGGACCCAAUGGAAUCCUUGCUCAUGCCUUUCAGCCAGGCCCAGGUAUUGGAGGAGAUGUUCAUUUUGAUGCAGAAGAAACAUGGACCAAAACCUCCAAAAAUUACAACUUGUUUCUUGUUGCUGCCCAUGAAUUUGGCCAUUCCUUGGGGCUGUCUCACUCCACUGACCCUGGUGCCUUGAUGUAUCCCAACUAUGCUUUCAGUGAACCCAGCACGUACUCGCUCCCUCAAGAUGACAUCAAUGGCAUCCAGGCCAUUUAUGGACCUUCAAGCAACCCUGUCCAACCUACUGGACCAACCACACCCAGAGCCUGUGACCCCAGACUGACGUUUGAUGCCAUUGCCACACUCCGUGGAGAAAUAAUUUUCUUCAAAGACAGGUACUUCUGGAGAAGGCACCCUCAACUACGCAGAGUCGAACUCAAUUUUAUUUCUCUGUUCUGGCCGUCCCUGCGAAAUGGCAUACAGGCUGCCUAUGAGGAUUCUGAUAAGGACCUGGUUUUCGUAUUCAAAGGCAACCAGUACUGGGCUCUGAGCGGCUAUGACAUUCAGCAAGGUUAUCCCAAGAGUAUAUCAAACUAUGGCUUCCCGAGCAGUGUCCAAGCAAUUGAUGCAGCAGUUUCCUACAGGGGAAAAACAUAUUUCUUUGUAAACAACCAAUUCUGGAGAUAUGAUGACCAAAGACAAUCCAUGGACCCAGGUUAUCCCAAAAGCACAGCAAGUACUUUUCAAGGAAUAGAAAGUAAAAUAGAUGCAGUUUUCCAGCAACAUCACUUCUUCCUUUUCUUCAGUGGACCAAUAUAUUAUGCAUUUGAUCUGAAUGCUCGCAGAGUUACUAGAAUUGAUAGAAGCAAUAGAUGGCUUAACUGUAGAUAA